AUGCAUCUGUCAUUCACAGCAGCCGUUUUGGCUGUCGCCGGUUCCGCCAUCGCGCUCCCCCAGAAUCCUGCUCCAGCUCAAGGCACAUCGCUCCCUGCCAAUGUUGCCCUUCCUCCCGCUCUCCCGGUUACCGACUUCAAGACACCCAAGUUCGCUCGCCCGCUCUCUCUCGAUGAGGCUCUAGCUGGUGUAAACGCCACCGUCACCACCAUUGUCGACAACCUCCAGGACCUCAAGAACAAGCUCCCUGAGCUUCAGCUGCCCAGCAUCAGCCCUUCUCUCCUUCCCGUCACCACUCGUGAUCUGGAUGAGGAGCUUGCGCAGUUCGAGAAGAGGCAAAGCACCUGCUCCAACCCCCGCAUCCGCCGCGAGUGGGACUCGUACUCCAACUCGGAUCGUCAGGCGUACAUCGAUGCCAUCAAGUGUCUGCAGGCCCGCCCGGCCUCUGGCCAGUUCCGCCAGUCUCAGAGCAGAUACGAGGACCUCGUCGCUCUCCACCAGACCUUGACCCCCAACGUCCACGGCAACGCCAAGUUCCUUCUCUGGCACAGGUACUACCUCUGGACCUUUGAGCAGAUGCUCCGAAGCGACUGCGGCUUCAACCGCGAGCUGCCCUGGUUCGACGAGACCAGGUAUGCCGGCCGCUACACCCAGUCGUCCGUCUUCAGCUCGCAGUGGUUCGGGAGCAUCAACGUCGGCGGCCAGUGCGUAACCAACGGUCAAUUCGCCGGUCUUGCCAUCAACAUCGGUCCCGGCUCCGGCAACACCCGCCACUGCUUGGCCCGCGACAACGACGACUCAGAGACCAUCAACACCGGCAGCGCCAUUGUCGACGCCUGCAACAGCCGCUCCACCUACGCCGACAUGGCCUCGUGCGCCGAAGGAGGAGCGCACGCCUGGGGCCACAACGGCAUCGGCGCUGUCAUGCAAGACACGUACGCGUCCCCCGCCGACCCCGUCUUCUUCCUGCACCACGCCUUCAUCGACCGCAACUUCCGCAUCUGGCAGAACAACGGCGGCAACCCCCGCAUCACCACCGUCAGCGGCACCGACGCAGUCGGCAACCGCCUCACCCUCGACACCACCGUCAAUGUCUACGACUUCCGCCCCACUGUCCGCAUCAGGGACAUCCUGAACACGCAGAGCUCCACCCUCUGCUACAAGUACAACUACUAA